AUGUUUGGCUCAACUUUAGCAGGCAGAGCGAUCAGUUUGGCACAACAGAUUGACUCAUCUCAGUAUACAAUUAAAUACGAUGAACUUUCGGUGAAGAACGUAUAUCAUUUGUCGAUCUUUCUGUUACCCAACAUUCAAUUUGACCCUUCAUUUGUUGCUCUGAUCUACUACCAGUUCCAGGUGAAUGGUAGGGACGCCUCUGCACCACCUUUUGUCAGUACCGAGUUUAAGCUAUUAGGAGGUCUCACUGCACAGAAACAGAGUGCUAUAUUCAAGAUCAACCCGGGGAACAUAGGGUCGAUCGACGUUGCAUCCUCUGUUAUGCCAUCAGAGGGUGACAUAGAUAUGGAUGGAUCUGGUGAAGGUACUGGUGGUACUGGUGGUACUGGUACUGGUACUGGUACGGAAGGUACUUCGGCCUCGAUCAUAUUAGGCAUCUCGAUCGAACCUAAUGAUACUGCAUUGCCUCAGCUAGAACAGCUAAAAUUAUCAGGAGCAACGAACGCUGCAUAUAACUCACAGUCAUUGGUUACUGUGAAUUCCCCGGCAAACGCUGCUCUUGCUGCAUCUAAGGACCUUACUCAAUCGCAGGUUCUUGAAUUUUCCAAUAAGAUUAUCGGUAACGCUUACAAUUUCUUAAGUUCUUUUGCGGACUCAAAUAACAAAGUAUCCAUGAACAAGUUCAAUGACUGGUGGAACAGGUUCAAGAGUCGGAUGAGCAGCGAUCCUGGGUAUUUAAAGAGGUUGUGUGAAGCAGAGUGA